AUGGUCUCCCGGCAGAUAGUCGGCGGUAAAGAUGGUGAGCAUUUUAUCGACGAGAACCUGAACACGAACGUGCAGGAUGUCGGUUCAGCCGCCGAGGCCGUCAAGGACAUCAAGUCGCCCGGUGUCGUCCGUGUCGAAGCGCUCGCGUCUUGCAUCACCUUCACCGACCGCAUCCUCAUCUUCGUUGGCAUCUUUCUCGUCGCCUACGCCUACGGCCUCGACGGCACCCUGCGAUAUACCUACCAGCCCAUCGCAGCCUCCUCCUUCGGUCAGCACUCGCUGCAGGCCACCGUCAAUGUUGUCCGCUCCGUCAUCGCCGCCGCUGCCCAGCCGACGGCUGCCAAGAUUGCCGACGUCUUCGGCCGCGUCGAGCUCAUAUGCCUCUCCGUCGUCUUCUACGUCGUUGGCACCGUCGUCGAAGCCCUUUCGACCAGCAUCGAUACCUUUGCCGGCGGCAGCGUCAUCUACCAGAUCGGCUACACCAUGAUGAUCCUCCUCGUCGAGAUCGUCGUUGCCGACAUCACGUCGACCCGCGCACGUCUCUUCUUCAGCUACAUCCCGGCCCUGCCCUUCCUCGUCAACACCUGGGUCAGCGGGAACGUCUCCGAGGCCGUGCUUGGCGUGACGACCUGGAAAUGGGGUGUUGGCAUGUGGUGCAUCAUCUACCCCCUUUGCGCGCUACCCCUCAUCCUGAGCCUCCUCGUCGUCUCUCGCCGUGCGAAGAAACGGGGCUUGCUGAAUGGCCAUCAAUCUUCCUUUCGCAUUCUCGGCUUCCGCAAGUUCGCACUCGAGCUCUUUUGGCUCCUCGACGUCAUCGGCAUCCUCCUCCUCAUCGCCGUCUUCGCCCUCGUGCUCGUCCCUCUCACCAUCGCCGGCGGCUUCCAGCUGCUCUGGAACGAGGCCCACGUAAUCGCACCGCUCGUCGUCGGCUUUCUCUGCAUCCCCAUCUUCAUCCUCUGGGAGCUCAGGGCGCCGCGCCCGCUCGUGCCGUUCUCCCUUAUGAAGGACCGCGCCGUCUGGGCCCCCUUGGGCAUCGCCGUUCUUCUCAACUUCGCCUACGGCAUGCAGGCUAAUUUCCUCUUCACCGUCCUUCGCAUCGCCUUUGGCUUCUCCCUCGGCGCCGCCACCCGCAUCACGUCCCUUUACUCUUUCACGAGCGUCGUCGUAGGCGUCCUGCUCGGCCUCGUCGUCUUCAAGGUUCGCCGCCUCAAGAUUUUCGUCGUCGCCGGCACCGCCCUCUACAUGGUCGCCUUUGGCCUGCUCGUCCACUUUCGUGGUUCCUCGGAAUCUUCCCACCACGCCGGCCUCGUCGGCGCCCAGGUCCUUCUCGGAGUCGCCGGUGGCCUGUUCCCCUACGCUACGCAGGCAUCGCUGCAGGUUUCCCUGCAUCACGAGAACCUCGCCGUUAUGACUGCCCUCUUCCUUGCCGUCUACAACAUCGGCUCCGCCCUCGGUAAUACCGUUUCCGGGGCCAUGUGGUCGCAGCUCCUUCCUGCCCAGCUGGACCAGCGGCUCAGCGGUCUCAACUCCACGCUUGCCAUGGUCGCAUAUUCGGAGCCGUUGACCAGCGUCGUCGACAAUUACCCCAUCGGCACGCCGGAACGUGGGGCUAUCAUUGGCGCCUACCAAUAUAUCCAGCGACUUCUCACCAUAUGCGGCCUGUGCCUGUGCGUGCCCCUCGUGUUCUUCGCGCUCAUGUUGCGAAACCCGAAACUCAACGACGACCAGACUCUGGCCAAGGACGACGAUUCCGAUGCUCGGUCGGUGUCGGAUGUCAACGUGCCUGCGGAUGAUGUGUAA